AUGUCCGCCGGCCUAACUGAUCGAUUCCCUAGAAAGAAAGUCGCUAUCAUCGGAAGUGGUUGCGCUGGAAUCGGGGCUCUAUGGGCUUUAAAUCGAACGCACCAUGAUGUUUACAUUUACGAAGCUGCGGAUCGAUUAGGAGGUCAUACAAAUACUGUCAAGUAUCCUCAUAAUGGCAAAACAACUCCAGUUGAUACAGGAUUUAUAGUCUUGAAUACUGCUACGUAUCCGAAUUUCAUAGCUUUCCUGAAUACCCUCAAUGUUCCUACCGUACGUACUGAAAUGACCUUUGGGGUCUCUCGAGAUAAGGGAUUAUUCGAAUGGUCAGGAACCUCACUCUCAUCAGUAUUCGCACAACGAAAGAACCUCUUCUCAUUAAGGAUGUGGAGAAUGAUAUUCGAUAUCAUCCGUUUUAAUCAAUUUGCUUUGGACUUGUUGAAAGAUGAAGAGAAGAGUGAGGAAUAUGUGAACGGGUAUGUGAAUGGGAAUGGAAAUGGAAAUGGAAAUUCAAAGAACAUUCAUCAUGCGGAAAAACAAGAGACUAUAGGUCAAUAUCUGGAUAGGGAAGGAUAUUCGGAUGCAUUUCGAGAUGAUUAUCUUAUACCAAUGACUGCAGCUGUGUGGAGUACAAGUCCGGAUAAGUGUUCUCUAGAAUUCCCAGCCGUCACGUUGGUCCGAUUUAUGUGGAAUCAUCAUCUAUUGAGCACUGUCGCUGCUCGUCCUGACUGGUUAACGGUAAAGAAUGGAGCGAAAACCUACGUGGAUGCCGUAAUGAAAGGCUUUCCACCAAAUCACAUCUUCCUCUCUACACCCGUCGAGUCAAUACGCAAUGAUGAUGAUAAUCGUAUACGCCUAUGUCUCGAGAAUGGCAAGGAAGAGAUAUUUGAUCAUGUCAUAAUAGCUACUCAUGGAGAUAUCGCAUAUAAUCUGGUCCGAUCCUCUUCCACAUCCACCGAACGUCGCAUUCUUACUGGAUUUCAAACCUCGAAAAAUACAGCUGUCCUUCAUUCCGAUCUUUCUCUCAUGCCUCAAAAUAGAGAAGCUUGGUCCGCUUGGAAUUAUAUUACUGCUUCUUCUACUUCUUCAACCUCGAAAUCUAGAAAUGUUGACCAAGUUUGUCUGACAUACAAUAUGAAUAUUCUUCAGCAUAUUCCGACCUCCAAAUUUGGUGAUGUUCUCGUCACACUUAAUCCUUUAUUUCCACCAAAACCAGAACUCACACACAGUACAUACACAUAUCGUCAUCCACUUUACAAUACUCGUGCUAUAACCUCUCAGUCCCAACUUCCAGAAAUUCAAAACACAAGAAAUAUAUCUUACUGUGGAGCAUGGACCAAAUACGGAUUUCAUGAAGAUGGCUUUAGUAGUGGAAUCAAGGUAGCAAUGGAUCACCUAGGUGCUACUCUUCCGUUCGAGUUUAAAGAUAGUACCUUUAGUCGAGGUAAACGUCCUGUACUUGGGUUGAGUGAUUUGAUCUUGAGGAUUUUUAUUUUGGCCAUUCAAUGGUUUGUGGUUAAUAUACUAGAGAGAGUCCUUUUUAUCGAGAGAGGCAAAUCUCAAGUGGAUGUCAAAAGGAAGAAGUUUGUUUGA